GUUAGCACUUUGCAAAAAUCCGACACACAUCCGGUGGACUUGAAAAUCAAGCACAGUAUCAUUUUUCACUCGAAAAUUCGCUGCCGUCGUCGAGAACCAUUAAAGUGAGCCACUCAUUGAUUCUAUUCAUUUGCAAGAAGACUUUCCUAUAGGAACAACUGCAGAUCAAUAAUAAGAUGAAGACCGUAAUCUUGUGCUUCGCUCUGAUCGCUCUGGCCAACGCAUCCAGUCGAUUAAAUCUGGAACCUGCGCCUCAAAACCUCAUAUUUGUACCCGACUACAAAAUGAACAUGAAAGAAACACCUGUACAGCCUCCCCAGAAUCCGGCGGAUAACGAAUUCCCGAAGACACCGAUAGUUCCGUUCCUCCCUACGUGUAUUUCAGGGAAGGGCUACUUCCGGGAUCCUUACAAUUGCGCGAAAUUUUACAAAUGCGAUGGAAUUAACGCCACACCUAUCGCGCUCUACUGUCAACCGGAAUUCAUCUUCAAUACGAAUACGGACUGGUGCGACUAUCCUGAUAAUGUUGACUGCUAAUCGAUUGAUUAGCUGAUUUAAUAUUUAAUUAGUAUGUUUAAGAAAAUGAGUAAGAUAAGAAUCAGGGAAAUGAACCUGCUAGAGAUACUAAAGCCUGAGGACAAAUUAUACCUAUAGCUGUAAAUUGGUACCUACCUCAUAUACUAUUAUAUUUCGCUAAAUUAUUUAAUAAAGUAGACAUUCCUUUGUAAUAUAUGUAUGUAUAUUAUAACAUGCUCAUAGUGUAACAUCGAAAACGGAUGUAGAUAAGGUAGUGCAUAAUUUAUUAAAACUUAAAUAUAUGACUGCAGAGAUGAUAACGAAGGAAAGUGAGGAGUUAUGUAAUAAUUAAUGAAUUUUAAAUUACCACAAA